UAACAUGUUACAAAAAUACGAAAAUAAAAAAGUAUGUUCUCCUGAAGAAAUUGAAAGGAAACGUUUAUUAGCGUUGCAAAGGAAGCAGCAAGCUCAAUUAAAAACGCAAAGUAUACUUACGAAUAGUCCAGCUCUUGAGCAAUCAAUAUUAAACAACAGUGGAAAGACACAAAAUACACUUAUGAAUCCAGCUUUUCAACAAUCAGUAUUAAACAACAGUGGAAAUGUUGCACGACACGAGAAGCCAAAUAAUCGUUUUAAUCCUAUAGAAUCAAAAAAUUUUUUCAAUCAAGUGCCAAAUGUAACAGGAAAAUGUUACAUGAUCAGUAAUGAUAGAUUUGCGUUAGAUGUACCAUUUAUACCUGCAAUUAUUAAUCUAUUUAGAACAAUUCCAAGUAGAAAUUAUGAUCCAAAAACUAAAAUAUGGAAUUUUCAUAUCAAUGAUUAUAACAAUCUGCUGAAAAAACUGCAUCCCUAUAUGAAAUCUGUAACUGGAAUACCAGAGGAUGUCUUUCAGCUAUUCAAGAAAUAUGCAAAGUCAAACAAUCAAAUUCCAGAAUUAGAUUUGUUAAAAAUCGACAAGAAGUUGACAUAUUCUUUAAUGCCAUUUCAACAGGAAGGUGUCUGUUAUGGUAUAUCAAAGAAUGGCCGUUGCAUGAUCGCAGAUGAAAUGGGUUUGGGGAAAACUAUACAAGCAUUAGGCAUAGCUCAUUAUUUCAAGGAAAGUUGGCCACUUUUAAUCGUAGCUCCUUCAUCAGUCAAGUAUCAGUGGUCUGCAGCUAUAUACGACUUCUUACCAUCAGUGCCUACACAUUACGUCCAUCAUUUCUUAAAUGCAAGAGAUUGCAUUGAUGAUGAUAAAAUCACUAUAAUAUCAUAUAAUUUAUUACAUCAAAGUAUAGAUACUAUCGCAAAAUAUAUUUAUGGAUUUGUUAUUUUGGAUGAAUCUCAUGUCUUGAAGAACAUGAAUACUGCGAAAUUUCAAGCUGUUCGUCGAAUAUGUACUCAUGCUCGUCAUGUUGUAUUACUGACUGGAACUCCGGCUUUAUCAAGACCAAUCGAAUUGUAUUCUCAAAUUAGCCUCAUUUUACCACAUUUUAUGAGGUAUGAGGACUAUGGUGUAAGAUACUGCAACGGACGAAGAAAUGCGUUUGGUUGGGAUUUCACAGGCUGUUCAAAUAUGCAAGAGUUGCAAUUGCUACUGAAGGUCACUUGCAUGAUUCGAAGAAUGAAGGCUGAUACAUUAAAUCAAUUACCGUCUAAAACAAGGCAGGUGAUUAUUUUAGAUCCACUUUUGGUCAAAGCUGGCACCAAAGAAAUGGAGAAGAUGUCGCAACAAAUGCAAAAACAAAUCACAGGCUUGGAAAGGCAUAAUGCUUUAGUACAAUAUUAUACUGAGUCUAGCUAUGCAAGAUUGAAGGCAAUAUGCAAGUAUGUUACGAAUUUAUGAAAUAAAAAAAAAUGCCUUUUGUAUGCUCAUCAUCAAAAUGUUUUGGAUGCCAUUUGCGAGAUUGCUGAAUCUAUGGAUAUACGAUACAUAAGGAUCGACGGCAAGACUAAUCCAGAGCAAAGGAAACUCCAGGUCGAUAAGUUUCAGGAAUGCGAUGAUUAUUUGGCAGCAAUUUUGUCAAUUACAGCUGCAAAUGCAGGCAUUACAUUAACAGCCGCACGUCUCGUGGUCUUUACUGAAUUAUUCUGGAAUCCGGGAGUUUUAUGUCAGGCAGAAGACAGGGUGCAUAGAAUCGGGCAAAAGCAUGAUGUCACAAUCCAGUAUUUAGUGGCCAAAGACACUGCAGACGAUUACAUAUGGCCGUUGAUAAACAAGAAACAGAACGUUCUGAAUUCAGUCGGCCUCGAACAGGACUUCUCGAUACAUAAUGUCGACGCCACAGCGCAAAAGGAAAGCAAUCAAAAAGACUUAUCUUCGUUUUUGGAUAGUUCUUCGAAGACAGAAUCACAAUCACAGCAUGAGCAGGAUAGUUCUUCUUCAAUUAUGCAAAACAAUAAAGAAUUGAUUCCAGAACCAUCUACCUCUGCAGACGAUUUUAAAGAUUUACUCGAGAAUAAUGAAGAAUUGUUUGAUUCCUGUGGUUGGGAUAAUAUUAUGUGAUUGCGUAAUGUUUUCGUUAACUAUGUUCCUGCUUGUGCUCAAAGAAAAAUAUUUUUUAUAUGAGAUAAAAUAAAAGUUGUUUAAAUUACAAA